AUGGUCGGGUUCAGCGCUGUUCGCGCCAAGUGGGAUAGCGCGCAUUCCCACUGUGAUGACUCUCUCACCUUGCCACUGCUUAGACCCAGUGAGGCUUCGGCCUCAGAGGACGUGGAGCAGAAGUCGUGCUCGGCGGUCCCUUCAAGCAGACGCCUGAACUCUGGCUUGGGUGUUUUUAACAAGCCUCUGACAACAAUUAGAAACAAAGCCUUCAGCCGAGCCUCGAGGAGCGGUUCUAGUGGGUCAUUGCGUAGUGGUGGUUUUUGUGUGCGAGAUAUGCAAUCCGAAGAAGCCGGGACAUUAGUCCAAGCAAACGUGCACGGCAGGGAGUGUGGCGAGAAGAUGGCAAGAAGUCUGACCAUGAGUUUCUUACCAGUGCCAGUGAAGCCUUCUGUUCGCCAAUUUCCGAAGCAUUCGAACCGUACACGCCCAAACCAACUUUCAACAGUAGCUGAGACAAGCAUCCCUGGAUCGCGUCAAACAAGCUUCCGUCGAGUUACUCAACUUCCACGCGCUACGACACAACCAAACCUCGGCUCUGCCGUUGUUGAAAGUCGAAGCCAACGCGAGCCAUCACUACGCUCAUCAUCGUUAUGGACUUUAACAGAAGACACGAAACCGUUACUUACAUCUCCAUCAUAUAAGACGCCAAUGCUGGGCUCACCAACACAUUGUGAAGAACGUUUCAUGCUCAAGUCGACAGCAACAACUGAUCAGAAAACCGAUGAAGCCAAAGAUGUCUCGCCGACGAAUCAACAGAUUGUGUGGAGCGUGCUUGACAGCCCGCCGUUGAUUUCGUGUCUCAACCACGGCAAAGAGAACAUUCGUGGACCAGAUUCUCAGGAUUUGAUGUGCUUAACACCUCCCAAGCACUCUCCUCAUGUUAUUCAGCACCACCAGCUUCUCCAACCAAUACAUCCCUCGUCACAACAAAGCAAUAACGCACUCACGGGUUUUAGCUCCUCGUCGAUGCAAGUGUCAUCAAGGGUCGCAAAAAAUACCUUGCUAUCUGCCUCUCCGUCUUGCCCAGUUUUAUCGAACUUGCAAACCCCGCAACGUCUAAAGCCUCUUCAGCUAAGCCCUACUUCGGCGGAAUCAAUCCAUAGAGUUUAUACAGCGCAAAGUAAUGCCUACUGGUCUGGCCGCUUCGUCAGUCUAAAUGAUAAACUACUAAACGACUCGUUCGACGUUGAAACGCGUCCGACACAUGAAGAUGAUGCAGCAUCCUCGGCUAGCUCUGCAAUAUCCGCCCCCAAGAUGGUUCAGGAAACGGUUCAUCAGACCUCUGAAUUGAAGCGCGUGGAGAAGAUAUUUCAGCAACUGGAGGAGCUAUGCUUUUCAGACGAAGCUAGGCGUUCUCUGCUCAUCUUUCGAAAUAUGUAUGCGCUUAGAUCCAAAAUGCCAGGCUUGCGGUGUGAGAUCCCACCAAAGUCGCCAACCGAAGCAGAGACAAAGGAGGAGAUGCCGAACUCGAGCCUUGGAAACGGUACUAUUGGUGGAGGGUUGCGCAAGAUGAGCCUCAUGGCGAUAUGGAGAGGACGGAAGAUCAGCGGGAAAAGCAAUCAGGCCUCAAGAGAUUGA